AUGGAGCUGGUGGAGCUGGUGGGGCUGAUGGGGCUGAUGGAGCUGGUGGCGCUGGUGGAGCUGGUGGAGCUGGUGGGGCUGGUGCGAUGCGAUGCGGUGUGGGGGAGUCUGGUGUGGACAGGUGCUGUGCGGUGCGGUGAGGGGGAGUCUGGUGUGGACAGGUGCGGUGUGAUGCGGUGUGGGAGAGUCUGGUGUGGACAGGUGCGGUGUGAUGCGAUGCGGUGCGGUGAGGACCUGGGAGGUCUCAGUCCACCACAGAGGAACUGGAAGGGCAUCGCCAUCGCCUUGCUGGUCAUCCUGGUGGUGUGCUCGCUCAUCACCAUGUCCGUCAUCGUCCUAACACCACCGGAUAACGCGGGAGGCAGUAACUCCAAGCUGACGGUGGAGGAUCUUUUCAAACCAGAGUUCACCGUCAACGACCCCGAGGCGAAAUGGAUCAGUGACUCCGAGGUCCUGUACAAGAACCAAGACGGCAACGUGAUCAGGUACAACUUUGUCGCCAACACGACGGAUGUUCUCCUGAAAAACAACACUUUUGCUGCAUUCAAAGUGGCCAAAUACUCCGUGUCCCCAGACAUGGGAUAUGUCCUCUUUGCAUACGACGUGAAGCCGGUCUACAGACAUUCCUACACCGCCAGCUACAUCAUUUACAACAUCCACACAAGGGAGGUGUGGGAGUUGAAUCCCCCUGAGGUCCAUGACUCAGUGCUUCAGUUUGCUGACUGGGGGGUGAAGGGACAGCAGCUGAUCUACAUUUUUGAGAAUAACAUCUAUUACCGUUCCGAAGUGAGGAGCAAUUCCCUGCGGCUCACCUCUUCUGGGAAAGAGGGGGUCGUUUUCAACGGAAUUGCCGACUGGCUGUACGAGGAGGAGGUGCUCAAGACACACAAGGCCCACUGGUGGUCCCCAGACGGAGAGAUGCUGGCGUUUCUGGUCAUCAACGACACGCUGGUGCCCAACAUGGCCCUGCCUCAGUUCACUGGAGCAGCCUACCCCAAAGGAAAGCAGUACCCCUACCCCAAGGCUGGCCAGCCCAACCCAUCUGUGAGGCUUUUCGUGGUGAAUCUGUACGGUCCCACACACACCCAAGAGCUGGUGCCACCAGAGCCUCUCAAACUCAGGGACUACUACGUGGUGAUGGUCAAGUGGAUCAGCAACACGCACACGGCCGUGCGGUGGCUCAACCGAGCCCAGAACGUCUCCAUUCUCACCGUCUGCGACGCCACCAUCGGGGCCUGCCUGAAUAAACAUGAAGAAACGUCUGAGCUUUGGCUGUCUAAACAGGAGCAGGAACCGGUGUUCACCAGGGAUGGGGGCAAGUUCUUCCUCACUGUCCCUGUCAAGCAAGGCGGCCAAGGAGAGUUUCAUCACAUUGCCAUGGUUACCAAACCACUGAGGAGUGAACCGAGCCAGGUCCAGCUCACGUCAGGAGACUGGGAGGUCACCAAGAUCCUGGCCUAUGACGAGAGUGACCAGAUCCUGUACUUCCUCAGCACAGAGGGCUCACCCCAAAGCAGACAUCUACACAGUGUCUCUACUCUGGGCCUGUCUCCACCCCGCUGCUUGACAUGUGGACUGAGUGAAGAGAGGGGCACGUUCUAUGACGCUGUCAUCAGUCCUGAUACUCAGAAUGCCAUCCUGACAUGCCAAGGUCCUGGUGCACCAACUGUUAUUCUGCUGAGUUUAACGGAUCCUAACAGUUAUGCUAUCCUAGAAGACAAUACUCAACUGAAGGAAUCUCUUGAAGCAAAGAAAAUCCAGCUCACAGAGUUUAAAGUCAUCGGGUCAAGUGAGAAGUUUGAAAUCCCUUUGAAAAUCUCCUAUCCUGUCGACUUCUCUGAGUCCAAUCUUUAUGGCCUUCUCUUGGUGGUGGAUGCGACCCCUGGUGGCCAAACGGUGAACGACGAGUUCUCGCUGGACUGGACUUCGGUGCUGGUCAGCUCCCACGACGUGAUCGUGGUACGGGUGGACGGCCGAGGCUCAGGGUUCCGCGGUCAGAAGACCCUGCAGGAGAUCCACCACCAGCUGGGCCACCUGGAGGUCCAGGAUCAGAUCACCGCUCUCCAGUACAUGUUGAAAUUUCCCUACAUUGAUAAAACACGGAUAGGGGUCUAUGGAAAGGGAUAUGGUGGCUAUACCACGAUGAUGCUUCUGAAAUCUACAGAUAAACCAAUUAUGUGUGCAGUGGCCCAGUCCCCCAUAGUGGACUGGAAAAAUUACGCCUCCUUCUUCUCCGAGCGCUACCUUGGCAUGCCAUCAAACAAUGACAACAGAUAUCAGCUGUCCAGCGUGCUGCCCAUUUUCAAAGGACUGCAGGACCAGAAACUCAUGAUUAUUCAUGGGACGGCUGAUGCUAAAGUGCACUUUCAACAUUCAGCCGAGCUCAUUAAGCACUUAAUACAGAUCGGAGCCAACUACUCCAUGCAGAUCUACCCGGAUGAGGGCCACGACCUGUCCCUGAAGAGCCAGCGCCACAUGAGCGAGUCCCUGACCGGCUUCUUCCAGGCCUGCCUGCACCCCUGCGCGCCGCCACUGCCCGUGGAGGAGGACGAGGACGAGUGAUGAAGAGUGGAGACGGACCGACAGACAGACAGACAGACAGACAGACAGACAGAGAGCCGACACACCAUUGGAACUUUUACCAACACACUGACCAACACUGAGACCUAAUGGGAGAGGUCUGACACAGAGAUAUAAGACUGCCACAGAAGGGGAGUGUGUGUGUGUGUGUGUGUGUGUGUGUGUGUGUGUGUGUGUGUGUGUGUGUGUGUGUGUGUGUGUGUGUGUGUGGGUGUGUGCGUGUGUGCCUGUGUGUGCGUGUGUAUGUGUGUGUGUGUGUGUGUGUGUGUGUGAGAGAGAGAGAGAAAGAGAGAGAGAGAGAGAGAGAAAGGAAGUGUGUGUGUGUGUGUGUGUGUGUGUGUGUGUGUGUGUGUGAUUUUUUUGUGUAUUCUUAUUUGAAUGUGCAUGCUCCUUUCAUGUGCUCUAUGUUGGUAGAAUGAGUGAGUGUGUGUGUGUGUGUGUGUGCGUGCACGUGUGUGUAUGUAUGUAUGUAUGUAUAGGUAUGUUGUGUUUUGUUUUGUUGUAUUGGCAUUUGUGAGUUAUUUGAAGGAUGACUGGAAGCCUAUUAGUGGAAUAGCACAAGAAACAGGUAGAAGAGCAAGUGACUGGAACUUUCCACACACAUCAAUAGAAAAAUCACUUACUGUUAACAUGUGCUCACGUGUGUUUGCAAGUGCGUCAGCGCCUGUGUGUUCCCCCCGAUGGGAAAUGGGAAAUUCCCACUUGUCAAAAUGGGCCACUUAACAUUUCUGACAAAGCACAGACCUUGCUUCGCCCCCUCUCUCGUUCUCGCUCCUUCACCAGUAUUGACUUGGCUUUGCCAUUCACCUUAAAUGUUGGUACGGUAACUGCAUGUUUCGUUAGAACUCAUUUACCAGCAUUGAUCGGACUUGUGAUUUUUGACCCUCACCCCCCUCACACACACACACACACACACACACACACACACACAUACACACACACACACACCAUUGGCCCCUGACCCCUUCCAAAGCAAGGCGGUGAUUACCCUGGAAAUUGUAAUGUGGUAGCAGGACAUCAUAGCUCCACCACGCACAGACCAUAAUAGUUCUGUGGCUAGACAUUCUAUCUGGUUUCCUAAGUGAUUAUUUUCUGUUUUGGAUUGUCAACGAUAUUGCUGUCAUUUCAGACACCUCUGCCCGGUUCAGAACUCUAUCAUACUACUUACACUAGUCAGAAUGCUUGAAGUGUUAACUAGAGUAUGCUAAUCUAAUGCCGAUGAACGUUUUGUGACUCUCCGACAUCAAAUUCAGCCUCAAUUCUAAUCAAUGCAGCCCAUACUGCUUAUGCUAUCAAACAAGAGAAAAUUCACUAUUUCUACCGAUACUUCCUACCACUGGUCAGUGUGAUCGCCGCCUUAUUGGUCCCGAGCAGUAUGUACUUCAUAUUCUUUUCACAUCAACAAAUCGAGUGUGGCUGUCCACAAGUGCAAUUUCCUCCCCACCCCACCCCUCCCCACUCACUGGAUGUUGGUAGAUAACUCACCCCGAACCCAGCUACAGUCCAUGUGUAAAUAUGUAUAUUUUAAAAAUUGUCGGUGGCAGGGAAUUGAUAACUAGGGAUAAAUUAUAUUCGUUAUGUUUGUUGGGCUUUAAGUUUUCUUGGUUUUUUUCUGUUUGUUUUUGUUAUUGUUUUUUUUUUCUUGAAAAUGGAUUUUGUAAAGGCUUGAGACUUCAUUUUGCCAUUCUUAAGCAAAGAGCUCAUGUGGGUGGGACUACUCGCCAUUGUCUUAUAGAGAUGAUUCAAAAUGAAUUAAACACACUUUGUGAAGUGA